GUAUCAGUUCAACUAGAAAUACGCAAACGGAUACGUGGUUUAUACACACCUACCUACAAGUAAACGUAAAGUGAUACAUUCAAACAGUGGAAAAAAAUAAUUCAGUGAACAAGUUAUCAGUGCAUCCAAGGAAAAAUGUCGCUAAUUCCGAUUGUGUUCCGUGAUUGGUGGGAUGACUGCUGGGAUACUCCCCUUCGAACAUCCCAACUUCUGGAUCAGCAGUUUGGCAGUGGAAUCAGCGCUGACGAUUUGCUAACGGCUCUCACCUCGGCAGCUGCUGCUCAGUCGGCAUUGCAGAAUCAAAGACGUUCACGUUACAACAGACCUUGGCGCAAUUCAAGUUUCGCUGCCCGUCAGGAUUCAGGAUCAACGGUCAAGCUUGCCGACGACAAGUUCCAAAUUAACCUCGAUGUGCAGCAGUUUGCACCGGAGGAAAUCUCGGUCAAGGCUACGGACAACAGCGUUAUUGUAGAAGGCAAACACGAGGAGAAAAAGGACGAACAUGGAUUCAUCUCCAGACAAUUUGUGCGUCGCUACAUGCUGCCGGAAGGACACGAUGCCAACCAAAUUGUCUCGUCGCUCUCGUCGGAUGGCAUUCUGACGGUUACUGCUCCGAAGAAAGCAUUGCCCGCGCCGGAAGGACCGAAGGCGAUUCCGAUUGUUCAAACCGGACAGCCGGCGAAGCAGCUGAAGGAUGCCGAAAAGAAGGCGGUUGAAAACGGAAAAUAAGCAUUUUUGAGGUCUGUCGCCACAUCAUUAUAACGCUACCUCAACUUACAAUCUGGUUGCUUUUCAACAGUGACAUUUACUUUGACUCGUUCCUAAACUUUGCCAAAAACUAAAUAAGUUGCUAUGCAUAGAAAACAUAUAUAAUUUCAAAGUCUACGACUCAGGAAUUUUAAGAAUAAAACAAUUAGUUCUAAAAU